GUCAGCUCGUCCCUCACUCCCUGCCCCGCUGUUUUCUCUGUGUUCGACUAAAAUAACGAAAAAGGUCUACAAAGUUGUGCCUGUACGGCGCUGUAUAUAGUUAGUUUAUCACAUAGUCGAGACUCGACAAGAAAGUAUUCAGUUUCUUCGUUCAGUAAUCGAUUCCGUUUCUUGCACAGCAUAUAUUAUUGUCCAUUUUGUUCUCCAUUCUUUCUUCGUCUCUGCUUUCUGCAAUUUCACGUUCUUCAUGGAACUCCCAACUGAUAGGAGAAGAUGAGCAGUACAACCAAAACCUUGCAUCAUCACCAUCCUUUUUUUGUUUCUUAAUGAGUAUAUUUCAAUCUUUUGACAAAGGUAUGAACUUCCCUCUUCCUUUUCAUCGGAAGCUGAUUUUUGUUCUCUUCUGUUCCAUAAAUUCUGAAACCACCCAAUUCUCAUGAAAGAUUUUGCUAUUCUGAAUUUGGGCUUUCUGCAUAUAUACACCUUAGUCUUAGUCUGUCUAUGUCCAUUGGGUUAGAAAGUUGUGAUUUUUGAAGAGAAUGGUGGUAGCUUGGUAGGCAGAAAUGUCAUUGACCUGCUGUGUGCCAAUUGUUGAAUGUGUGUACUGUUUAGCCUGUGCCCGUUGGGCCUGGAAGAAGUUCCUUUAUACCGCGGGUCGAGAAAGUGAAGGCUGGGGCCUGGCGACCUCAAGUGAAUUCGAGCCUGUCCCUAGGCUUUGCCGGUAUAUUCUAUCGGUGUAUGAGGAUGAUCUCAGAAACCCGCUUUGGGCCCCACCCGGAGGAUAUGGUGUUGAUCCUGAUAUGAUUGUGGUGAGGAGAAGCUAUGAGGACACUAAAGGAAAAGUAGCACCUUAUAUGAUAUACCUUUGUCAUGACAAUGAGGAAAUAAUUGUAGCCAUUAGGGGUCUCAAUUUGGGAAAGGAGAGUGAUUAUCUUGUCCUUCUAGAUGACAAACUCGGGCAGGCCGAGUUCGAUGGCGGUUAUGUUCAUAAUGGACUGUUGAAGUCAGCCCAAUGGUUGUUGGAAAAGGAUUCCGAGGUUCUGGGAGAACUUAUCGAGAGAUACCCGAACUAUACCUUGACAUUUGCUGGGCAUUCUUUAGGGGCGGGAGUGGUGACAUUGUUGGCAAUGUUAGCUGUUAAGAACAGGGAGCAGUUGGGUAACGUGGAGAGGAAAAGGAUCAAAUGUUACGCGGUUGCUCCCGCAAGGUGUGUUUCGCUAAAUUUGGCAGUCCGAUAUGCCGAUAUCAUCAAUUCUAUUGUAUUGCAGGAUGAUUUCUUACCCCGGACUACGGUAGGACAGGAAAAUGCGUUCAAGUCACUUUUCUGUUUCCCAUGUGUGCUCUGCAUAAAGUGCCUGCAAGAUACAUGUACUAAGGAGGAGAAAAUGCUUAAAGAUCCACGACGCCUCUAUGCAGCUGGGCGUCUUUAUCACAUUAUUGCCAGGAAGCCCUUCAGCUUUGCAGAGAUAUCACCACUUGUCAGAACAGCUAUACCUGUGGAUGGACGGUUUGAACACAUUGUUCUUUCUUGCAAGUUGCUGUCUGAUCAUUCAAUUUUGUGCAUACUGAAAGAAUCUCAAAGGGCACUUGAAAUAUUGUUAGAGAAAGAUAAUGCAAUGGGUAUUCCCACACAUCAGAGAAUGGAGCGUGAUGAAUCUCUUGCCAAGGAGCACAUAAAGGAGCACAAGGCAGCAUUAAAGCGGGCAGUUGCAUUGGAUGUUCCUCAAGCAUAUUCGCCUUCUUCUUAUGGUACUUUUCAUGAACUGGAGGGAGGAUAGGUUCCUCAAAAAACCUCAAAAGUCCUCUUUCACGACAUUCAAAACAAGAAGCGAAAGUUGGGAUAAUUUAGCCUGGUUUCUUGAAGGACAAAUAGACCAAUCAUCAUGGCAACACAUAAUUACAACAUAAUUAGGAAAUAUAGUGCUUUUUAUUUUGGGUAUUCCAUACUUCCAUAUAAUAAUUUAGUCCUACUAAUAGCUACAGGCGGUAAGUGAAAUUGAAAUUGAAAAUAAAAUUUUUAAUUCAUUGUGUUAGAACAGUGGUAAAGAUUUUCAAGAUGGUAGUCCUUGACCAGGAUAUUUUGUAUACUUGGAUUUAUCUCCCCUUGUAAUAAAGAAUAUGUGAAUCCUAUGUAUAAUUGGAUUUAUCUCACCCUUGUAAUAAAUAUGGAGUAAUACGUGAGAGUAAGUUUAAUUUUCUGCCAUCCAGUUGACUAAUGAAGUUAUGAAACUCCAAUGUACGUGUUGUUUCAUUUUUUGUAUAAGAGUCGUUUUUGCAUCCA